CAAUAAAAUAAUUUCUUAUUUAUUUUCUUUUUCCUGCCGUAACCAAUCACGGUGCAUCCUCUUUACUGUGCGCCGCAAACGCAGCACUAGCCCAAAAUGGAUCCAGACCCCGCGCUACCUGUGUAACACCUACAGCAGAAAUAAUUAUGGCCCCAGAUAAAGUGGUAACUGAAGCCCAAAAGCUGGAGUCCUGUGUGGCAGCAGGGUAUACGGACAGCCCCAUUCAAGUGAAGAUACUACAGGUCCCAGGUAAAUGUGGUGCCAUCACUGCUGUGCAACCCCCACCUACUGCUGCAGGUGUCACAAAAGGUGAGUCUGCCCCACCUGCUCUCAUCCCCACUGGCCAACCUGCAUCCACGACAGUUCCAGCUACAGGGCUACAGACUUCAUCUCCAGUCAUGGUCAUAGCAAAGGUGGCCACCUCAGGAGCAGUGAGUGCUAAUGGCCAGCUGCAAGUAACAAAACCGGCUUUGAGCCAGGUGGCCUCCGUGAACCAGGCCACAACUCCGGGAAGGACGGUGAUGAUAACUGUACCGAGGGCAGCGGCUCCACAGACCGUCACUGUGGGGGCCCCUCGGCUGCAGCAGACGGCUUCCCCUCAGCUCCCAGCCAACAUCCAGAUACCACCAGGUAUGAUGUUGAUCCGAAGUGACAGUGGUCAGUUGAUGCUGGUGUCCCAGCAGGCUUUGGCACAGGCCCAGCAGGGACCUAGAAAUGUCAGUGGUCAAGCUCCCAGAAUAAUGACCCCACAGGUGUCCGCAGCAGCUGGAAGUAAAAGUAAUGAGAAAGUGACCGUGAUUAGGAUGACAGCACCUCCCAGUUUCCAGCCAGCACCAGUUCAGAAGACGGCCAUGGUGAAGGUCAUUGGUGUAGCUUCCAAACCUGCUGUAGUCCAGAACCUCAGUGCUGCAUCUGAUCGGGGGAGCCAGCACCACAUUCAGGCGGUUGUCACAGAAACCAAAAAGGAGCCACCAGCCACAUUAAAUCAGGAAUCCCUGGAAAGUGUGAAGAAGUGCAAGAACUUCCUGGUGACUCUAAUCAAGCUGGCAUCAAGUGACUCCAGAUCUGUCAACAUGGCUAACAAUGUCAGAGGACUGGUCAGGAGUCUGCUGGAAGGGAAGCUGGAAGCAGAAGAGUUUACACAACAGCUGUAUCAUGAGUUGAAAUCGACUCCACAGCCCUGCUUGGUGCCUUUCCUCAAGAAAAGUCUUCCUGCAGUGCGACGCCUUACUACAGACCCCCAGUUAUUUAUCCACCAGGCUUCAACCUCCACCAGCAACCCCAGCACUCCAUCUUCCACCAUGAAGCAGUCCAACCCUGACAAAGGUCAAAACUUCAGUACUAGCCAGCAGGUUAUCCAGCAGCUUCAGCGAGUGACUCUGAGACCUGGGUUCACUACAUUAGUCCAGUCGGGAAAUUACUUAUCUAAGAGCAGCAGGCCCAAACACACAGUGGUCCAGUCAGGAAAACACUGCACAGGAACUUUUUCAGUGAAGCAGCCCUUCACACAAGAUCCAUCUCAGCAUUCCAAAUUUGCAUUUAAGGACAGUUCUGGAUCUUACAAAGAUGACGAUGAUAUCAACGAUGUAGCCUUCAUGGCUGGAGUCAACCUGAGAGAGGAGAACGCACAGAUCCUGACCACCAUGGUCGGCUCUGUGGUUCAGUCGUGCCAGGAUCAGCCCUUCCUCUCUCCUAACCCAGUGCUCAGCCGAAUCCUUCAUGCAGGACAGGCACUGGGAGUAACUGAUGUUGGUCCAGAGGUGGUAGCUAUGGUCUCUCAUGCUACACAGGAGUGUCUCCGUGGGCUCAUAGAGAAGCUUACUGUGAUGGCAGAACACCGCAAGGCAACACUAAAGGAGGACGUGUGGCAUGCUAAAGUGAGUGAUGUACGCUCCCAACUUCGCUUCCUGGAGGAUAUGGAGAGUUUGAGGAAGAAGAGAAAAGAUGAAGAAGAGAGAGAGAGACUGCUGCGUUUCGCCAGAAGUCGCUCACACACCGAGGAUCCACAGCACCAGCAGCUGAAGCAAAGAGCCAAAGAGUUACAACAAAUAGAAGAAGCUCAGCUGCAGCAAAGAGAGGCCAACCUCACCGCUCUGGCUGCCAUCGGGCCCCGCAAGAAGAGACCUCUGGAGCAUACUGAAAGCCAGUCGCAGCCCUGCAGGCUGUGGGUUUAAUGAAGAGGACAGUGUGUUAACUGCGCACACUUCGCACUGCCUUUGAACUCCAUUACCCGGCGGAGCCAGAUGCCUGCCUCCUUUCUGUCUUUCGCUUUCCGCUCACUGCCACAGGGCUUCCUUUACCUCAGCUCCCAGGGCUGGCACACAUGAAUGGCAGGAACUCUGGAGGAGUGACAGUGACAUUGUUUAAAGCUUGUCUCAGAGAGCUACUGUGUCAAACAUAAGCACUUUUGCAGAGGCAUGUGCUUGAAAUCACUCUAUAACCAUAACAGUUUUAAUUUUAAAAAUCCAUUUAUUCAUGUAUAACUCAUUUUAUAAUUUAUUAAUAAUUAAUUUAAUUUAUUUAUUCAAAGGAUUGGUUAACUCGACUUUGGCCCGGGCAUGAAAGCUCAGAAAUUUGUUUGUUAAAAAAAAUGAUGAUGAUGAUGGUGGUCUUUGUGAAUGAAUGGAGAAAGAUGUGAUCUU